UUAUUUCAUUAUAAAAACGUUGAAAUCAUAAAAUACAAGUGUAUUGGUUUUGGUCAUAAUCAUAAUGAUGGAUUAAAAAACCUUGGGAGUAAAAACAGUGAGGCGCAUGCAUGACUUGUUUGUAGGGAUAGAAAUCAUGACCCACGACAACGAUAAAAAUUGAUGGUUAGGUUAGGUCCCCAUGAAAGUUCGACAUUUGUCCUCGUUGCAAUAAAAAUAAAGCUUUGAAGGAUUCUCCCCAUAUAAUGAGCGGUUCUGAGGUUGCACAUUUGUCUGCACUCGCUCCUUCUCGCCCACUCUAGACCUUAGUAACAGUUUUCGUAAAUAUGAAGACUAUUUCUUAAUUAAUAGUUGGGGACUAUUUUUCAGGCAUGAAGAUUAUGGGCUUAAAUUUUUGUCUUUUUUAAUAGAGAGAAAACAUUUAAGAGAUGCAAUUAAUAUCAACUGUGGCAAAAUUCAAAUGAAGUAACAAUUUAUUUGUUGAUUUUUUAUCCUAUGUUUAAGGAUAUAUGAUAAAAAUAAUAAUAAAAUAUUUUUUAUAAGAAAAUUAUACACGUUAUUGAUUUGAACUCAAGCCUUAAAUCUUAUCAUUCAAGUUUGAACUUGAUUUGUCAACUCUAAUUGCGGAUUAUUUUCACCCAUCAAGUUUGAAGAAAAAGUAGAGCAACAUGAGACGAAUAAGAAAGGAUAUAUUAAUUCAGCCCAUCUCUUUUUGCUAAGAUAAUCAACCCAUAUUUACAUUACUAUUUUCAAUUCGGGCCAUCUAACUUAACAGUAAGAUAGGACCAGCCUACAGCAUAGCCCAAAUAUUUAUGAAACGGGCCUAACCGUUCAAUUUGGGCUUAAGGGGUUAGUGUAAACCCAAAAAUAUAAAAACAGAGUUGUUACUUAGCCUAGGGAAGUGUGCGACGUGUGCAGCACGCGUCGGUUCAGCGUUACAUGCAAAUACCAAACGGUUCGCUAUUAAAACCCUUCAUUUCCGGGUCUUGAAAACAAGAGAGAGAAUAGAAGAAGCACUCCUUGUCAUCCAAGCAAAGAAGCAUUCACUCACACCGCAAAAGGAGAUCCGAUGGCGCUUGAAUGGGUUGUGCUAGGUUACGCCGCGGCCGCAGAGGCGAUAAUGGUGGUGCUGCUUACGAUCCCAGGACUCGACGGUCUGCGGAAGGGUUUGAUCGCUGUUACUCGGAACCUUCUGAAACCGUUCAUGUCGGUGGUGCCAUUUUGCCUGUUCCUUCUGAUGGACAUAUAUUGGAAAUACGAGACCCGUCCAAGUUGUGAGGGAGAUUCUUGCACUCCUUCCGAACACCUUCGCCACCAGAAAUCCAUCAUGAAGAGCCAACGCAACGCUCUUCUCAUCGCUGCCGCUCUUCUCUUCUACUGGCUCCUUUACUCCGUCACCAAUCUCGUCGUCAGGAUUGAACAGCUCAACCAGCGUCUCGAACGUAUGAAGAGUCGCGAUUGAGAAGUCAGAACUCUUACUUCUAGAUAAGUCCUUCACUGGAUAGCUUUCUGUUUUCGGAUAUAUCAACUUUACUUUUUGUUGUUGCGCUAGGAAGGAACCAUUUGUGUCCAUUUGUUUUUUCCUUUUGUGUUUUUUUAAUCGAUGUUCGAAUCAUGAGGAUUAUUGAGUUCAUUUAGUUUUAUUGUUGAACUUAUACAACUAGGGUUCCUUUUGGGGAUUUUCUCAAUAUUGCGGUAUUUGCGGUACGGGAUCCAAUUACAUGUUUCUCAUUAAAAGUCAUAUGAAAUGCGCGUUUUACAUUAUAUAAUUGCUGCCUCCCCAUUGUGCAUUAUGAUUUGUUAUUGCCGUAGAUUCUCGUAGUAAUGAGAGAAUGUUCGUUUGUAAGCAAAAUCAGUUGGAUUCUGAUGAAACCUGACAUGAUAUUCAGAGAAUUGUCAAAUUUUGAAAUUUAUUUGUUGAAUCAAAAUCAUUCAAGUUAAAUUUUGAUUGAAUUAAGUUAUUUAUAAGGUCUUCAACCAUCUUGAUAUAGAAUUCUCUCUUUUCAAUUAUUGAGAGCUUUGAAAUUAGGGAAAGGAAUUCUAACAUUGGAUAUGCUUUUGGAGAUUGGAUUGUCUUUGGUCUUGUUACAUGGUUGUUCUUUGCCUAUCUUUCCCUUAUUUACCAAGUCAGAUAUAUUCAAAGCAUGAAGGUAUGGCAACAAGAAGAAUCUUGUUCUCUCAACUGCUUUGUCCUGUUAAAUGUGAUGCUAGCUGGUUUUUUGUGAAAUAAACCAAGGAAUUAGUUACAAACACUAUUUACUCAACUGAGAAAUGUAGAUAAUUUUAUCUGAAAGAAAUUUGCAACAAAUUCAUUUCAUGUGAGAGUUCAUGAAAUCUGAAUUUGAUCAGAUAACCUUGAAUUGGACACUAAAUUUAUUUAAAAGUAAUGUUUUGAUUAAUCCAAACGGGAUUCUUUUUGAAAAUAAAUUAAUCAAAACACAUAAAAUUGAUUGCAAACUGCUCUUAUACUAAUUUUUUUAACUUGUGAUUGUUGUCUGAACUUGCAUCAUUCGGGCUUGGGAUCCAAUGCUCCAUUCUGUUGACUACUACUAUGUCUAUUUUCAUGCACAUGGUUUGCACAGAAUCUACUAUUUGAUAUACCUGGAUUUGAAGGAAAUUUCUUACAACAUUGAUGUCACCUAGUAUAAGAGGCAUGUACAUAUCUGUCAUACUAUCGAGAUCUCUCAUCAAAUAGCCAACCAAAGAGACAUUGCCAAGGUGCAGGACUAGUGAAACCAAUCAAAGACUUUCUUGAAUGUCAUAUAAAUUGUGCUUCUUCGGAACCAGUUUUGCAGUUCUUUGGGACUGCAACUGCCAACGCCCUCUAAUCAGUGUCUGCAUUGUAACAACUAAUAGGGAUAUGAGUUUCGUGCAACUCUCUUUCACCUAAAAAUCAAUCAACUUAAAGCACAAUUGGAAUUGAGGUGCGCCUCAAGUAGCCGACAAUCACACAUGCCUUAUUGGGUAAGUUAAGUGGACAAUCACACGUACCUUAUUGGAUAAGUUAAAUAUAAA